GAGUGAGUCAGUGAUUUUGUCUGUGACUCUGUGUGGUGUAUUUGUUGUCUUCUUUUUCAUUUUUCACUUGCUAGCGCUCUUUUUCUCUCUCGCUCGUUCGCGCGCUCGCCCGCUCGCUCUGGUUGACGUGGUUGUGUGCUAUACUCGAAAUCGUUCUGCUGUGCGAUGAACAGUUUGCGUAGAGAGACCAAACAGUUUUAUGUAUACAUUUUUCUUCUUUUUUACGUUUUGUUGUUGUUGCUGUAUUCAUUUGAUAUCAACAAAUGCGGCGCGCACACAGAGCGCUAGAAUAAGAACGGGAGAACGACGAAAAUAUAGUGUGCAGAUUUCUUUUCCCAUUGUUAGUUACUGUUGUUGUGGAUCCUCUUCGACAACUAAAUCGACAGCAGCAGCACACAGUGCUCGGUGCAAUGCUCUACGGAGAGAUAGUGUACACACAGUGUGUGCAUUACUGGUAUACGUCACUCCUUUUCCGCCUCGACCAUUUUUAUCACCAACGAAAGAGCACAGUCUGCGAAGUAGCAACAGUACGGUGAUGCCAUUUCAAGUGUUCGGUUGUUCGCGUGCUCUGCACUGAGAUUUCAUCAAAUUGCGAGAGCCGGGCUCACAUUCCGAUUUUGUUCCGUUGUGUGUUUCUUUUUUUCCCUUCUAUUAUUAUUAUUAUUAUUAUUUUUUUUUUCGUUAUUUUUUGAAUUUGUGAUUUAUACAAAGCGAAUGGGAAAGACGAUAUGUGUAUUUUGAAAUUGUGAUUUAUAUUUUUUUUUUUCGAAAGUGAAUGAAGAAAACUAAAAUUCUUCUUGUCAAGAACAACAACAAUAAGAACAAGAACAACAACACCAGCAGCAGCAACAACAAAUUAAAAAUCCUCUUUUGAUACUUUGUGUGUGCUGUGUGUUCCGUAUUGUGGUGUUCUAGGUGGUGUUGUUUGUGCAUCGGCGGCAUACAUUGUUCUGCGUCACACAACUGCUGUGGAACACUAUAACGGGAACGGUGGAGAGAAUAUCGACGCUAAAAUGGUUUCAUUGCAACAGUUAAACUUUCACAACAAUGAAAAAAACAAACCGAUCACUGGAGCCAAUUUGUUGCAGCGACACUCCAUAAAUUCUUUAUUGGAACAACAGGACUUAAUAUGGUCACCAAACAUCGAUGGUGAGUCGAUGGCUAUGUCAGGAAUCUAUGGCCUCCGCAAUUCAUUAUCCGAAUCAAACUCAUCUUUGUCGAAUUCAUCGAUAAACGGCAGUUGCAUUGGUACGUUUGCUGGCACAACGCCCACUGGUAGCAGUCCGGACGAUUCAUCGCUUCAGCUAAGUGCGAGCAUGACAUCGAAUCCAUUCUCCCAGUUAACAUCGGUGUCGCUGUCAUCCAGCGGAUCAUUGAACACACCGAUCAAGAAUUUCGACAAUUUGCAGUUUGACAGCAUUGAUGGGAACACACCUUUGAAAAUCUUUCAAAGGACCCCGAACUAUGAAUGUUCCACACCAAUGUCACCGACGGCACCUUCUUCGACGCAACAAUACUCCCGGAACUACCGUGGAUCGGCUUUGUUUAGAGACACCUCCAGUCCGAUCACACCGUUGAAACCAUUGGAUUCUCCACUUCUCUAUGGUAACUACAAAUCGGCCAACAAUUCCGAAAGUAACAGCAGUAACAGCAGUGGUAAUUCGCCCAACAUCACAUCCAACUCAGAAAAUCUCAAUUUGAUUGACCUUAUCAACUAUUUUGCGGCCAACAACACCACUGAUCCGAUGCAUUUCAAAAACAGCUUAAAUCAAUUCUCGCAAAAUGAUUUGCAAACGCUGAAUGCAUUGAAGUUCAUUCAACAGAGCCAACAGAACACCCAGCCACAAUUCUAUCCACAGCAGCAAACGCAACAUUUGUCAAAUCACUCAUCAAAUAGUGUGAUGGCACAGGCGCCACGUCAAAUUCUUGGCCUAAAUCAGCUGCUGCAGCCGGACUGCAAUUCGAAUCAUUUGAAGAAUUGGCAAAAUAUUGCCAUGGGCAAUAACAUCAACGACACGCACUUGGAUCGAGCUGCAAGAUUCCAUCGAUCGUCGGCUGCACUCUAUGAUGCUACUUGCACAUGGAGCGGAUUUUUGCAGCCACGCGUCCAUAAAGUGGUCAACUAUUCGCCGAAAGUAUUCCUGGGUGGUAUUCCAUGGGACAUCAGCGAACAAUCUUUGAUACAAAUUUUCAAACAAUUUGGACCAAUUAAGGUUGAAUGGCCUGGUAAAGAAAAUCAAGCUGCACAGCCCAAGGGCUAUGUUUAUAUAAUCUUCGAGUCGGAAAAACAGGUCCGCGAACUACUGAACGCUUGCACAAUCCAAGAUGGAAACGAUGCCAAUUCUGGCAACUACUACUUUAAAAUAUCCUCGAAACGGAUCAAAGCCAAAGAGGUCGAAGUUAUUCCAUGGAUAAUUGCCGAUUCGAACUACGUGAUUCCGACAUCUCAAAAAUUGGACCCGAAUAAAACGGUUUUUGUUGGUGCACUGCACGGCAAAUUGACUGCAGACGGCCUAGCAAAAAUUAUGAAUGACCUUUUCGAUGGUGUUGUUUAUGCGGGAAUUGACACGGACAAGCACAAGUACCCGAUUGGUUCUGGCCGAGUGACGUUCAACUGUAAUCGUUCGUACAUGAAGGCAGUUGCGUCGGCAUUCAUUGAAAUCAAAACGACCAAAUUCACAAAGAAGGUGCAGGUUGAUCCCUAUCUGGAAGAUGCAUUGUGUUCGAUGUGUGGUUUGCAUCAUGGUCCAUACUAUUGUCGUGAAAUGUCAUGUUUCCGCUAUUACUGUCGAUCAUGCUGGCAAUGGCAACACUCAUCGGAUCCAUCGUUGCAAAAUCACAAGCCACUGACUCGCAACUCCAAAUCGCAACAAUUGAUUGGGCUUGGUCCGAAUGCAUCAUCUCCCGUCAACAACACAAACGCCUCAUCGAAUUACUACUGCUAAAGUAGAGAAAAAGAGAGUGCUUUACGCAGCUGCAAAACAAUACAUUUUUCAUCAACAUUUAAAUAUUAUUAUAAUUUUUUUUUUGGUUUUAAGUCUUCAAAAUGAUCUAUCUCUUUUGAUCAAACCAAAUCGUGUUCUGUUAGAGUAAAUGCUUGUUUUGAAUAUUCCGUAGAAAAUGAAAGAAAAAAAAACAUCAUCAAAAUGAAUUGAAACCCGGACACACAUUUUCAGACAAAAUGAACGUUAAACCACUUAAAUUGAACAGUAAAAUUGCGUGAAAAGCGAUCUCCAAGAAUUUUGAACAAUAAUGCCGAUUCCGAGGAGCAUUAGCAGAGAGAUCCCACAAUUAUGAACUAGACCGAUGAAACCAUGAAUCAUUCAAUAUCUAUCAAAUGAUGGAGAAAAACAAAACACAACCAGAACAAAACAAAACGAACACAAAACAAGUUUAGGUUUUAAUUAUCCUAACACAUAAGCAAUAUGUUUUUGAUUUGUUUUUAUUUGAAAUGAAAUCUGAAUCAAAAAACAGGAAAAGCGCGCGCGCAAGAUAAAAACGAGAGAGAAAAAAAAGAAAGAAUCGGAAAGAAGCGCGAUUGGAAAAGUUAGCAUAAAUUUUAAUAAUUUGAAUGAUAUACGCUUGAGCAGUUUAUCGAAUGAAAUACGAUCAUAAUUGCAAAUCGUAUGAAUUUAAACCGUUGAUUUUUCCACCAAACAAACAUUCUUAAUUGGAUUUAAUCCCCGUUUUAGCGGUUCGAAAUUUCCACAGAGAAAUAAGAAAUAGAUUUUUUUUUUUUUCGCGACCGAAACACAUUGCGACAACGGCCCGAAUUGAAUCAGCCGACAUCGAACUGAAGAUGUACGAAUGUGUUUUAACACAAAAUGAUUAUUUGUGUCUGGAGUUUUAUAAAACAUUCAUUUUUGAAAUCACAUCGCAAACAUUCAAAACUGAAAUUUAAUCUUAUUUUAUUAGGUUAGUCGAGGAUAUAUUUUGUUUAUUCUUGUUUUUUUUUUCAUUUUCAUUUGCCUUUUUGCAAUCGUUGUUAAAAUCAUUCAAAUAUUUAUUAUGAUUUUGUUGUUAUUUUUUUUUUUUUGCUAUACACAUUUUUUUUUGAACUGUGUCUUUAUUUAAACAGAAGUUUACAUUGAAAAUAUGCAAGAAAAAAAGAACAAAGCAGAAACCAUCACACACACACACACCAUUUGAUAUGUAAAAAAUUGUAAGUCUCCAUAGAAAACAAGAUAGUUAAGUUGUUCCAGUUAAAUGUAUCCGUUUUGAAGUGUAAGUUCCAUGUAAAUUGGAUCAAAUUAUAAUGAAAUUAUGUGAACUGAACUAGACCAAAAGCAAAAAAAAAAACGAAAUGAAAAAUGUUGUAACAUUGAACCAAAUAAUUCAUGAAGAAUGUAGCAAUUAAAUGAAAAUAUUGGUUCGAUUUGAUUCAUUACUUCAAAUUCAUUCCUUGCAAAGCUCAAGCUGAAUCACUUUCUCAACAUACAACAACAACAAGUAACAGAAACCAAAAUACAUCAUAGAAAUUACAGAAACAACAAAAACACUAUACAGAUUAAUGUUGAAGUUGAAGUUUAUACAAUCCAAGCUAACAAUUACUAUGCAAUACAAUUUAGAUAAAUAACCACACAUAUACUUAAACUGGAAUUUAAUGCAGAUGAUGCAAACUGAAGAGAUAACAACAAAAAAAUCGACAGAGAAAUAUGAGUCAGUCACAGAACAAUAACACAAAAAAUAAUUAUAAUUUUGUCUCCGUUGAAAUGUUCAUACAAACAAAUAGUAAAUGUUAAACUCAAAUGUAGAUUUUUUUCUCUCGAAAAAUACACAAUAACCGUUGGCUCAAUA